AUGACAGUAAAAUCCUUGGAGGAGAGUGUUUUACUGGCAAAGGUAACUCACAUAAACUUUCGGAAUGCAUCCAAAGUGUGCGGAAAUGGUGGUGAUAUAUAAAGCCGCUUUUUUUCUUUGAGAGUAUCUCUUGAAAGAGUAUUCGAAGGAGGGGGGUACGAACAGUGAAAGUUAGAUGGAAGGUAACUACGACAAAAUGGCAACGAACACUCUUAAUGUCCGAUUGCAACCUGUGGAGCAGGUGUAAUCUUUUGGCGUUUUCCAACGGGCUUAAUAGCCAAACACUUGGUGUGCGCAAGGGUAGUCAUGCACGGAAAAGGAUCGCUAAUCUAUUCGUACGUCACGUACAUUUUCCAAAACUCUUCUAAAAAACGUCUGACAAAUGCCUCUUUUGCAGGUCAGACUUGAUUUUUUCCCUGCUCCCACAACAUAACUUAAAACCUUUCCACAUGGUAAUUUGCUAAUUUUCUCCUAUUCAAGUUUUUUUUCUGUUUUUAGUCAAUUAUAUCGGAUGAGGCAAUGAACAAGGAACGUGACUUGAGGUGUAUCAAGCGUCGACGCAUAAUCCGUAAAUUUUUUUCACUGCGACUUCACACAUCUUUAUCAGAAGGUGUACCGCUGGCAAAGUCAGUCAUUCUACCACGACCUGUUGAUCCAAAGAAAGUGAAAAGAGACAAGGAAAGACUUAAAGUUAUAAAAAAAAUUGUCAAGGGAACAUGUCAACCCUUCAUUUGA